AUGUCAGGCUUAGAAGUGAUCGGCGGUAUCUCUGCGAUCAUUUCCCUCCUCGAUGCCUCGAUCAAGAUCUACGAUAGCGCUCGGAAUGACAUUAAGUUAUCAGCCACAUUCGAAGUUGUCCGACGCCGGCUCCCAGUCCUUCUUCAUAUUCUUGAGACUUGCAAAAACAAUCUAGAAUCGAGAAAAGACGCAAUACCUGAAGAUGUCUGUGAGGCUUUAGAGAGAUGCCUUGACGCUUGUGAUGCAAAAGCGUCUAACUUGAGAGGUAUUUUUGAGAAGAUCAUACCCGGUGAAAGCGAUACAUGGGAGAAGCGAUAUCUGAAGGUUUUACGCAAGCUUGGCAAAGGAAGCAGGGUCGAAGAGCUCAUGAGAUCAAUCACCGAAGAUGUCCAGGUCAUUGUCAACCAUAAUGCGGUUCGGUCUGGGGAUCCACAACAAAAGCUUGAGCUCGAAAAUAUCAUCCAAGAGAUGAAUGAGCUCGAACCUUCAGUGCCCGACAAAAAUAAGACGAUGACUUUCCAUAGCGGCGGGGGGGCACAAACAAAUAAUCUGAACACUGGCGGUGGGCAGCAGAUCAACAACAAUGCGCCCAUUACCACUCAGAAUUUUGGUCCUGUCACUCUUAGGUACAAAGAAGACUUUAGCUUCCGCGGACCCGUUGGCAUCAAUCUCGGUCAAGCGCCUUACAUCGCCUCUGAACUCUUUGUCGGUCGUGGCCUCGAGCUUGAUGAGAUCACAAAAGUUCUAUGCCCAAACCACAAGGCUCAAAGGCAACAGCGCCUAGUUCUCGGCGGUAUGGGUGGUAUUGGCAAGACCCAGCUUGCUAUCGCCUACGCAGAAUCCGUCCGUGGAUCUUAUAGCUCUGUUUUCUGGCUUAAUGCAGUAUCUGAGGCCGCAUUGAAAGACAGUUUCCGAUCGAUAGCUGGCCUUAUCUUCGAUAUUGAGGAGCCUGGUUUGUUAGAGGACAAACAAGUUGUGAGACGCGUACACCAAUGGCUAUGUACCCCCGAAAACACUGGAUGGUUAUUGAUCUUUGACAACUAUGAUGACCUUGACCAGUUUCAGAUUGACUGCUAUUACCCACCUGCUUCUCAUGGGGCUAUUGUGGUCACCUCUCGAAGACCAGAUCAUGUUGCUGGGACCCCUCUUCACAUAAAGCCUCUUCAGAAUGUUGAAGAUAGUCUCGCAAUCCUACAAACCCGAUCAAAACGAGAGAAUGUUCAAUCAGAUCCUCAUGCAAAGCGCCUUGCAGAGCGACUUGCGGGUCUUCCUCUUGCUUUGGCCACUGCCGGGACAUAUCUUCAGCGUAGUACCUUCACUUUCGAACGCUACCUUAAAGAGUAUGAAAAACGUUGGAACAUUAACCCUCGCCGACCCCUACAGCUCAAGGAGUAUCAGGAGCGCACGCUCUACACAACUUGGGAUCUGUCAUACUCUGCCCUAGAAAAGGAAGAUCCGGACGCGGCGAAGAUACUAAAAUUACUCGCCUACUUUGAUAACCAGAGACUUUGGUAUGAGCUUUUCCAUGCCGGAAUUACCGAGAGUUCCCCCGAAUGGCUUCGUGAAGUGAUGGCAGACGAUGUAAAUUUCGCUGAAGUGAUGGGUGUCCUAGCCGGAUACUACUUCCUCGACGUUCACCAGAUAUCAGAUUCAUGGAGCAUGCAUAACUGCGUGCACGACUGGACAUUAGCAGCACUUAAUAAGGACGUCGACGCAAAGCAUUAUUGGUAUGCUUUUGACUGCAUUUCUGCGUCUAUAAAUGAUGAUAACGCUGAUGGCUUCGUAAACCGCUCUUACUCUCCCUUGGCUGCUCAUGCUACGCGGCUGGUAUUACAACGCUUCUGCCAGGAUAACAUCAUAUGUAAUAUUGCAGCGCAUCGACUCGACCAAGCUUCACGUAUUGCGGAACUACUUCGAAAGCAAGUACGCCUUCUUACCGCGGAGCAGAUGUACCAACGAGCACUGGCAGGCUACGAGAAGGCCCUCGGUCCAGAUCAUACGUCCACUCUCGGUACAGUCCACAACCUUGGUCUUCUCUACUCUGAUCAGGGGAAGCUGAAGGAGGCAGAGGAGAUGUACCAACGAGCACUGGCAGGCAAGGAGAAGGCCGUCGGUCCAGAUCAUAUGUCCACUCUCAGUACAGUCCACAACCUUGGGAAUCUCUACUCUGCUCAGGGGAAGCUGAAGGAGGCAGAGGAGAUGUACCAACAAGCACUGGCAGGCAAGGAGAAGGCCGUCGGUCCAGAUCAUACGUCCACUCUUAGUACAGUCCACAACCUUGGUCUUCUCUACUCUGAUCAGGGGAAGCUGAAGGAGGCAGAGGAGAUGUACCAACGAGCACUGGUAGGCAAGGAGAAGUCCGUUGGUCCAGAUCAUACGUCCACUCUCAGUACAGUCCACAGCCUUGGUCUUCUCUACAAAAAUCAGGGGAAGCUGAAGGAGGCAGAGGAGAUGUACCAACAAGCACUGGCAGGCUAUGAGAAGGCCCUUGGUCCAGAUCAUACGUCCACUCUCAGUGCAGUCCACAGCCUUGGUCUUCUCUACAAAAAUCAGGGGAAGCUGAAGGAGGCAGAGGAGAUGUACCAACGAGCACUGGCAGGCUAUGAGAAGGCCCUCAGUCCAGAUCAUACGUCCACUCUCAGUACAGUCCACAACCUUGGGAAUCUCUACUCUGAUCAGGGGAAGCUGAAGGAGGCAGAGGAGAUGUACCAACAAGCACUGGCAGGCUAUGAGAAGGCCCUCGGUCCAGAUCAUACGUCCACUCUCAGUGCAGUCCACAACCUUGGGAAUCUCUACAAAAAUCAGGGGAAGCUGAAGGAGGCAGAGGAGAUGUACCAACGAGCACUGGCAGGCUUCAAGAAGGCCCUCGGUCCAGAUCAUACGUCCACUCUCAGUGCAGUCCACAGCCUUGGUCUUCUCUACAAAAAUCAGGGGAAGCUGAAGGAGGCAGAGGAGAUGUACCAACGAGCACUGGCAGGCUACGAGAAGGCCCUCGGUCCAGAUCAUAUGUCCACUCUCAGUACAGUCCACAACCUUGGGAAGCUCUACUCUGAUCAGGGGAAGCUGAAGGAGGCAGAGGAGAUGUACCAACGAGCACUGGCAGGCAAGGAGAAGUCCGUUGGUCCAGAUCAUACGUCCACUCUCAGUACAAUCCACUGCCUUGGCCUUCUCUACUCUGAUCAGGGGAAGCUGAAGGAGGCAGAGGAGAUGUACCAACGAGCACUGGCAGGCUAUGAGAAGGCCCUCGGUCCAGAUCAUACGUCCACUCUCAGUACAGUCCACAACCUUGGUCUUCUCUACUCUGAUCAGGGGAAGCUAAAGGAGGCAGAGGAGAUGUACCAACGAGCACUGGCAGGCUUCGAGAAGGCCCUCGGUCCAGAUCAUAUGUCCACUCUCAGUACAGUCCAUAACCUUGGUCUUCUCUACAAAAAUCAGGGGAAGCUGAAGGAGGCAGAGGAGAUGUACCAAUGA